GCUCUGAGCUAGCUUAGCUCUGAACCGGAGAGAACCGGAGAUGACCGGCGCUGCGGAGGACUGGACCCGGCCCACGGUGGCCUUCGGCCGGCGCGCGGUGCCGCAGCUGUUCGGGGAGCUCCACGAGCCGGGCGGGAGGCUGCGAGCUCUGACGUCACUGAGCCUCCUCACACACGACCCGGAGAGGGUCUGCCAGACCGUCACCGGGGGUUUUCUGGAGCAGCUGAAGGUUUUGUUUCAGGAUGAGGAUCCAUCAGUCAGAAUAAAAACCUGCGAGCUGCUUCACCUGCUGAUCUCACACAGCAUCGGCAGACGGGCCCUCCUCUCCUCCUCCCUCCUCCCUCCUCUGUCUCUCCUGCUGGACGACUCCUCGUCCUCCUGCAGGAGGAGCGUCCACCGCGUGCUGGACCGCCUCGCUCAGCUGCCUGCAGGAGCCGAAGCUCUGCUGACUCUGGUUCCCAAACUGAUGCUGAAGCUCAGAGAGGAGGUGGAGGAGGAAGAGGGGGAGGUGGAGGUAGAGGAGGAGGAGGAGGAGGAGGAGGUGCUGCUCCUCUCCACCAUCGGCUCCUGCUCCAGGCUGGACCCUCUGCCGGCUCUGGCCUCUGAAGGCGUCUCUCUGCUGGGACGCAAACUCUCCCACCGCUCCCCGAACAUCCGGAGGGAGGCGGCCUCGGCUCUGAUGGCCCUCAGUGUUUGUGAGGACGGGAAGCAUCAGGUGUGUGAGGAGGCGCUACUUCCUGUCCUGGUGGAGCUGCUGCAGGACGGAGACGUGGAGGUCCAGGCCAACGCUGCAGGAGUCAUCAUGUACACUGUGAUCAUCACCGCAGGUAAGCAGCGGUGUCUGGAUCUGAACGUCAUCCCCGUCCUCCUCCACCUGGUGUCACAGGACAAAGAGGAGGAGGAGGAGGAGAGGAAGAGGAGGAGGAAGGCCCUGGUCAUGUACUCCCUGAGGGCCCUGACGGCGCUGGCUGAAGCUCCGGUCGGUCGGCGCCUCCUGCUGGAGCAGCUCCCCCUGCUGGUGAAGAGGAGCGAGGCCGCGGAGCAGGACCAGGACAUCCGGAGGGCCGCUAAGACCGCCGUCAGGGUCGUCACCUGGACUCCCUGAGACCCCGCUGACCUCUGACCUCCAGAGCAGACAGCCAUAAUAAAUAAUGAUUAUUAUUCAUUAAUUAUGUGUGUUUUAUUAUAUGUUUUAUUUUGUAGAAAGUCUCUUUGCUAAUAGAUGUUCUUUAGUUGAGUAGACGGAGAACUAAACUGUUCAAAGAGACAAAGAUCCUCUGAACUACAGCUGAAGAAGAAGAGAAGAAAUCAACAGGAAGCUUAGAUUUCAACAGGAACAGCUUCCCAGAACAAGCUGGCGUUAACGUUAUCAAAGCUAAACACAGUUUAACCCUCUACAGUCAAUACUUACUGAUCAAUAAUCAAACUA